AAGCUAUUUUCAUCCACCAUCCAGCACUUUGAUGAUGAAUUCACUUGAACUGAAGUUCUAUACUAGUGCCAAACAAACUGCAGUCAUAUGUUUAAAGUAAAAUUCUCUGAAAGCACAAAAUGCCAACUAUGGAAUAUCUUUGUGAGCAUAGAGGUGACAUAGUGAACUUGUUAAUCUACAACAAAUAGAAUAUUUCCUAGUUGCUUUGAAUGUUGCUUGUGCUGCUGCACUCUAUAAUUAAACUACUGAGUAUUUGGAGUUAGUAGAAAAACCAGCAGAAAGGAGGAAGUGUUUCAGGAAGAACUGCAGUGUGAAGUGUCUCUGUACACCACAGCUUUUAGUUGAGUUUUAUCCUCUGCUCUGCCACUGAACACUCAUACAGAGCAUCCUUUCUGUCUCAGCCAUGGGGAGCACACAACACAGAAACUUCUGUUUGAUCACAGUCUCUCUUCUCUUGACCGUAUCUCCACCUGCUGCAGACAGUCAGAUCAGAUUGGCUGGGUCUGGGUCUACUCGGUGCUCUGGAAGAGUUGAAAUCUAUUACAGUGAUACCUGGGGAACAGUCUGUGAUGAUGACUGGGACUUAAAUGAUGCUAAGGUGGUGUGCAGUGAGUUGGGCUGUGGUACGGCACUGAGUGCCCCUUGGUCAGCACACUUUGGUCAAGGAAGAGGACAAAUCUGGCUUGAUGAUGUGGACUGUUCAGGAAGUGAAAGGUCUCUAACUCAGUGUCAGCAUGGAGGAUUUGGGGUAAACAACUGUGGACACGGUGAGGACGCUGGUGUGGUCUGUUCAGUCUCUCUUCUCUUGACCGUAUCUCCACCUGCUGCAGACAGUCAGAUCAGAUUAUCUGGGUCUACUCGGUGCUCUGGAAGAGCUGAAAUCUAUUACAACGGUGCCUGGGGAACAGUCUGUGAUGACAGCUGGGACUUAAAUGAUGCUAAGGUGGUGUGCAGUGAGUUGGGCUGUGGUACGGCACUGAGUGCCCCUCAGUCAGCACACUUUGGUUCAGGAACUGGACAGAUCUGGCUUGAUGAUGUGGCCUGUUCAGGAAGUGAAAGGUCUCUAAGUGAGUGUGAACAUGGAGGAUUUGGGACACACAACUGUGGACACGAUGAGGACGCUGGUGUGGUCUGUUCAG